AUGGCCAACCAAAACGGAGCCAAAGCUGCACAGAAGAGAGAGAGAAACAUGAAGAAGAUGGCUACUCUUCAAAAGAAGCCUAGCUCUCAACUCAAGACCAAUGAGAAGGCAUUAACUUACCAAUGCAAUGUCUGUAAACAAACAUUCUUGUGUACCACUAAACGUGAAGUUCUUCAAGAGCACGCCGAAAACAAACACAAGAAAUCACUUGCUGAAGCUUUCCCAAAUAUUGAUUCUCCAUCUGAAGAAUAA